AUGUCUGCAGGUGAAUCAGCAGGAGGUGAACUGGUGUCAGUGGACUUUGAGAUCUUCGGUCACGUUCAGGGAGUCUGUUUCAGAAUGUACACGGAGAAGGAGGGUCUGCGCCUCGGCCUGGUCGGCUGGGUGAAGAACACCUACAGUGGGACGGUGGUGGGACAAGUCCAGGGUCCUGCAGACAUGGUGGAGGAGAUGAAGGUGUGGCUGAGUAAAGAAGGAAGUCCGUCCAGUCGCAUCACCAGAGCCUCCUUCAAAAACCAGAGGAGCAUCGAUAAGCUGGAGCUCUCCGGCUUCAAGACCCGGUUCUGAUGAAUUAAUCAAACGCGCCCUGAGAGCUGCUUCUAGAGUUCAGACCUGUUUGACAGACGAUGAUGAUGUGUUUAGUUUCAUGUCCAUACAUGUCCAUAUAUCUUAAUAUUUUUUUCUCUUGUUGAAAAAGAACAUUUAACGUUACGUGUUGACGCCUUAAAAACCUGCUGCAGAAGAAAAACGGUUAAAGCCACAGUGUUUAAAUUACAUAAAUUACCACUGUCUAUAUGGAACGUUUGAAGCUACUGCUUGAUAUAGAACCUAGACCUGCUUUAUAUUCAAACUACACGUGGACAGAGACUUUACACUGGAGGAGCUUGAAGUUUUUACAAAG